UGUCAGGGAAAAAAGAAUAAGUAGUGCUACAAGUUACACUUGAGACACACCCAGUCCAACAAAGUGUGAGAGACAUGCAGAGAGUAAUGAGACUGUGUGGAGCAAUAAGAGGGUGUGUUUUUUUACGCAGGGAGAGCAGAUAAGUGAGAAUUACUAAGAAGGGAAGACAAACCUACAGAAGACAGAAGUGGAAAAGUUAACAAGUACAGCUUGCAGCCAUGAAGGACAAAAUGAGGAGAGGCGGAGGAAGGAAUCAGGCCAAAAGUGAUAUAAUGAGCAGGACUGGGGAAAGGAAUGUUGUUGGAAUAAAGCAAGAAAACGACACAUCAUUUGCAGUGAAGAUUCAAGGAGCAGGAGUCGAGCCUUUUGAGCUGCAGGUACAUGGAUUUUGGCUUGUGCAAGACACUCUCAUGAACCUGCUUUCGAGGAAUGAGCUGUGCCCCCGUUCCAGCCUGUCUCUAUCGUUCGCGGGAAGUAUUCUGGAUCCCCUCGCAGAACUACAAACCCUCAAGGGCUUAAAACAGGGUGCAGUCAUUCGACUUGUGGAAGAGCCAUACACUGCCUGCUCUGCCAGAGUCCACCUGGCCCGUGUCCUGGAGCUGCUGCUAGCAUCUGGACCUCAGGAUGCCCUCAGAGAAGGACGGUCACCCAGCCUUUUGGAAACACUCACACAUGUGCUGACACCAGACUUGACAAAUGGAAAAAGCCUUAAACAUUCUCUGAGCAACACAAAAACAGAGUCCAACCACCAGGACGGAGGACCUCCAGAGUACCUUCUCCCUGGUUCCACUGAAAGACCACUCAUGGCCCUGCUGCCAGCCAGCUCCCAGCCAGAGGUCCCAAGUUACUUAAAAGACCUGUGUCUCAGCUGCUGGAAUCCUCCUCCAGGACACAGGAAGCUGCAGGGAGACUUCCUGUACAUCUCUGUGGUAACCACUGAAGGACGGAGGUGUGAGAUCACAUCUUGUCCCAAAGGUUUCUUCCUCAACAGAUCCACAGAAGACGUCUUUGAUCCUCGUCCUGUCCAGUCUUCUACGGUGUUUCAUUGUCUCACUGACCUGCUCUGUCACAUCAGUCCUGCUUUCAAAAAAACCCUCUCUACACUUAAAAACAGGUCUCAGUUGCCAACAGUGGAGGUGAUGCCAACUCCAUACCACACGAUGACUUGGCUUGGGCCAUCAUGUGCCUCCCGCACACACAAAAACACCUUUAGCAGACUGAAAGUUGAUGAGCAGACAGCACGACAGACUCCAGACUGGAAUGAGGAGUUACAAGCAGCCAGAGAUCUUCCUCAGGGCAAUCUGGAGGAGAGGCUGCUCAGAGACAGAGCUCUGCUCGAAGUAAACAGUGGGUUUGUGAGGACUGUCAUGCAGGGGGCAGAGGCCGUUAUUGAUGGCUUUGUGGAACCAGUCAAUGGAAACCCAGAUGAACCAGCCUUCCUUUGGGGAGGUCUGUUCAUGAGCCAGGGGGCAGCAAAUGAAACAUUUGGAGGAGAAAGAGGCAGGAGGGCAGCUCAGAGACUGGAACUUAAAACAGUACAAGUUUACAGUGACUCAGAGGGCCUGGAGGGGCUCCAUACACUCCCUACAGCAAUUGUGGACUACAGAGGGGUGCGCUUGUCUGCACAGGGUCUGGCCCCGGGCUUGGAAGGCUCAGAGCAGGACAAGGACUCUUCCCCUGCUGCAAGAGGUCUGUUGUACGGCAUAAAUGCAGCACCCCAGGAAUCCCUCUGUCGCAGACAAUUGUUGGGACUCCUGGCUCAAGCUGCCAAGUCUCUUUGUAUACAGAAAAAUGUUGUUGUGGCACUCAGCGGUCACUCUGUGCCACUGUUCACCUCAGUGGAUGCACAAGGACUGGUGGGAGCCGACAGAAGGUUUUACAUCCUGGAUGUGUUCAGGAGUUUCCCAGCAGAUGCAAACUUCUGUCCAGAGGCAGAGACAGAAGGUCAGACAGUCAAUAAUGAAGAAGAGCAGAAGAAUGAAACCUGUGAAGAGGAUGAAGAGAAGGACGAUGGUGUAAAAGAAGGGUGGCCGCAGGGUUAUCACACAGACGUGGGGCUACCCAGGAGCUUCCCCCACAGUCUCUGUAGACUGAGGCCAGAGCUGGUGCAUGCUUUCAUACAGUACAAACACCACCAGUUCACACAGAUUGUAAAGGACAAAUUAGAAGACAAUGGAGGUUUGGAAGAAUGUGCAACAGCUUCUGACUCCAGAUCUACAGAGGCACUACGAGUUGCAUGUAAAGAAGUGGGCUCAGUCAGUGACAUCAUCUUUGAGAUGCGCUUCAAUCCAAACGUCUUUUGUCCAGGUAUCCACCCAAGGCCUGCUGAAAGUUCAUCAGUAAACCUGCAGAAAAGGUUACAGAGGGAAGCUGCAGCUUUCAUCAUCACACACCAGAUACCUGGCUUUAUAGAACAAUGCCUACAAAAUUAUGAAGCACCGAUGGAUGGUGUGUCUCUAAAACACGCACUACACCAGCGGGGCAUCAACCUGCGUUAUCUGGGCCACGUGAUGAAGGCAAUCUGUCAGUCUGAACACAAACAGUGUCUGAGGCAUAUAGUGAGGUCAGUUGUUGCUGAUAUCUUCAUCCGUUCCACCAGAAGAGUCUUCAACACCUUUCUCCAGGGUGUGGAUGUGCCAAGUCUCUGUGCAGCUGUCAGUCACUUCCUCUGCUGCCUAUUGGUUCCACACUUUUCACCCAUACCUGGGGGGGAGGAGGCAAAGAAGAAGUCAAGGCGGCGUGGCAGAGGAGCGGGGCCCAGUGAAAGCACACCCUGGAGCACUCUUACUGGGUCUGAGUUGUGGAACCUGGUCUGCCAGGAUGCUGUUGAGACAUACAACAUCUCUGACAGCCUCGGCUCUGGCCCAAACCAAUUUGUGGAGCAGUAUGGCCUUCAGAAGCUUUCCUUACUGAGGGAGUUAUGUUUAAAGACUGGAGUGCAGUUAAGACUGAGGGACUACAUGCUUGACAACCAAAACAAAGCUCCUAUUGGUCCAGACGAUAUCCUCCACCUUCUGCCUGUCGUCAAACACAUCCACAUGCCUACUGUGGAUGCUUCAAAAGCAUUCUAUGCAGCACAGAACUUUAUCCACAAAGGUCUGCUGGAUCAGGCCCAUGAGCAGCUGAAAGAAGCAGCCUACGUGUUUGGUAGAGUGUGUGACGACCUGCAUCCUGAUGCGGGUUAUUGCAACAGCCUGUUGGCCAGAGUGGCCUACCUGCAGGGUAAAAUAGCAGAGGCUCGCGGUAUCCAGCAGAAAGCAGUGGUCAUCAGUGAGAGGGUGCUCGGCUUUGACCAUCCAAACACUAUUCAACAAUAUACCCACUUGGGUGUGUACAUGUUUGCUAGUGGUGAAACUGCACUAGCCCAGAAGUGUCUGCUGAGAGCUCGUCUGCUGAUGUUAACAGUCCAUGGAGAAGACCACCCAUACACCGCAACACUGGAUAACUGUCUUGGAUUGAUACUGACAGGAGAUCAGAGGGGACAGUACUUAAAGAACGCUCUGAGACUCAACACCUCCUUCUUCGGUCCCAUUGAUUUGCACACUGCUCUUUCUCAGCACCUGUUGGCCCAGUGGCUGUGCAGUAAAGGUGACUACCGUGGUGCAAUGACUCACGAGAAGGAAGCCCUCACUGCUUUUACCUACUUGUUUGGAGACAACCAUCAGCAAACGUUCGGCAGCAAAGACUUUCUGAGUGCCAUCACCAAGCAGGCCGUGCAAGUGGAACGCACUCUGCGACAGGCAGGAGCUGACAGUACAGAACAAACCGUGGAGAGUCUGGCUCCAACAACUGACAUCAUCCUAGAGCAGAUGGUUCUGGUUACAGGAAUACGAAACAUAAAAUGCAAUGGUUUACAGGAAAAUAAACAAAAACACCAGGAACGCAAGGCAGCAGUGCGAAAAGAGCUGGGACUCAAAUUCCCUAAUGAGCAGGAAGACUUAGAUUCUGCAAAGGCAGCAGAUAAAAGUGGUAAACAAGUGACAGAAGAUGGUGCUGGAGUAGUUACAGCUAACAGUCACGUGAUAGAGUCAGCAGAACAACAUCAACUGGAUGACAAAACGUACAUCAAUGAAGGAGAACCUUCAGAUACUAAAGUAAAGAUGAUGAAUGGAGGACCUGAGGUCACAGCUGCAGGAGAGGAGGCUCACUGUGGCCUGGCCAAUGGAGGGGUGGACGCAUUUGAUAAGACAGAGUCAGAGAAGAAUGACGUUAAAGUAAAUGGAACUUUCAACCCCACAGCUAGCCCACCUGCACUGAAGACUCAAAGGUCCUGGGCUGAUGUGGUUUCAAAAUCAGGUACAGUCAACGAGCCGCCAAAGAAAGACGCAGAAGUCAACGGAGUCACAGAAGAAGUCACUGCCAGUGGAACAGCUGAAGAGUGAACAGAUAUCAGACAUACAACAUGGUGGUAGUCCAGUAUUUUCCUGUUACUCUGUAUAUUACUUGUGCUCUCAUCUUUGACCACCAUUGCAUUGAAAACAUUCUUCUUCCUGAGAUUGUUCUACCCAGAGGCCAAUAAAGCAAGCAUUUAAAGUGUAA